UCUUGACAAUACAGGGCCACUUGUCACCUGACCCUAUUGGCGGACGCUUGCAUUCGGAUAGAGCCAAGCUGCGAACAGUUAAGAAACAGAUCCCCGUGUAGCAUGAAAGGUACCGCUGUUAGCCCUUAGAUUUCUGCUUUUGUGUUUAACUAGUACCCGAGGGGUGGUUGCAAGGGCAAAUGGCAGCCCAGCCCGCCCCCACUUCUGAAUCAGCGCAAUUUGAGUUAGCUGGUCAUCUUCGACGAAAAUUCCACCUUGGGCCUCGUAAUUGGGGCCGAUUCAAAGCGGCGGCUGCGGAGAGCGAUGCCGAAGGCUAUGUGCCACGCAGUGGGGCACACGUAACGCUAAGGGACUUGGCGAGGGACCCCUCCACGCUGGUGUUCCCCUCCAAUGACGACCCCGCGGUGCGUGCGGCGCUCUCCGACGACGGCGGCUGGGUGGGCACCCCCGACCCCACCAAGUUCGCGCCCGGCACCAGCCACCUGGGCCCCCGGGAGCUGCAGGAGGAGCUGGACAAGGGCAACGUCAUGCUGUGGAAGGACUUCAAGCGGCGCGUGUCGGAGCUGCAGGGCUCGGAGGCGGAGGAGGUGGCCGCAGCGGUGCAGCAGCGGCUGAUGCAGGAGCGCAUGUUCGUGACGCUGAAGGAUGGGUCCAAGGUGUCCCUGUGGGACCUGCAGCAGUACGUGCAAAACAACCCUGAGAUGGAGGCGCUGCUGCAGCGGGGCCGCCGGCUGCCCACAGCGGACCCCACCGACCCGGCGGGUCGGCCGCUGCCGCCCGAGCCGGUGUCGGGUCUGGAGCGCAGCGGCGCGCUGGAUGUGGCGCUGGUGGAGCCGCGGGAGGCGGAGGAGGCGGAGCUGGACUGGGCCCACGUGGGCAGCGGCAGUGUGUGGCGGCGGCGCCCCACCCGCUGGCUGGGCGGGCUGGACGGGGUGCGCGACUGGCACCUGGAGCUGUACGUGCACGAGGGCAUGACGAACCAGGUUCUGGGCCGCAAGUACGGCUCCCGCGACCCCUACGCCGUACUGCGCGACCCCCGCUACGCCGCUGACGUGGUGCGGGUGGGGCCGCUGGUGGGGCUGACGCUGGUGCUCACGGCGGCGCGGGAGCUGCCGCUGAGGGAGGCGGCCAGCACCUGGCGCGACCUGCUGAGCUCCUACUUGCAGCGCCAGGCGCCCCUGCAGCUGCCCCGCCGCCUGAGACCCACCCUGGUGGACGCAACAGACCUCAACGGAGCCACCUGGCCCGCACUCUUCGACAGGAGCAGCAGCAGCAGCAAAGCAGCGACCCGCGGGUCACCGCAGGCGGGCGGGAAGGAGGAGCAGGAGUUCAGCGAGGAGGCGGGUUGUGACGAGCUGGGUGUGAGCUGGCGGCAGAUGGGGGCGGAGGAGCACCGGGGGAAGGUGGCGGAGGGGCUGGAGCUGCUGCAGUCGCUACCCGAGCUGCUGUGCCCCCCCUCCUCCUCCUCCUCCUCCUCCCCGCCGGCUGGUCCGCUGGCCGGCAGCGCGCUGGUUGACGGGCGCGGGGCCCGGUGGCGGGAGGGCAGCUCGCUGUGGCUCACCCUGGAGCCGGAGGGGGGCAUCGUGGUGCAGGCCCACAGCCCGGGCCCGCUGCACUCGCGCGAGUCCUACCUGCUGGCGCGGCUGGCGGGCCAGGAGGCGCUGGCGGGGGCGCUGGCGGAGGCGGCGCUGGGGCCGCAGCCGCUGGACCCGCAGGCGGCGGAGGCGGCCAGGAGCCUCAUGCUGCUGCCCGCCAACGGGUUCUCGGCCGGCAACAAAGAGGGCGACCCCAACCACCCCAUGCUGGGCUGGGUGCCGCACCCCGCCGCACCACCCAGCCUGCGACCUCGCCCCUCCGCCUUCCGACUCGCACCCGAGCCCGCAGCAGCAGCAGGGGGGCAGCAGCGGCCCGGCUGGAAUGGCACACUGCUGACUGGCAUCCACCAGUCCCGUGUUGCCGCGGAGGUGCGGGGGCUGCUGGCCAGCGCCUUCCGCGCAGCCGACCGAGCGGCAGCGGAGGUGGACACAGCGGCGGCUGGAGAAGCUGGCGACGAAGCGGCUGCUGCUGCUGCUGCCGAGGGUGCGGCUGCUACUGCUACUGAUGAUGCUGGGACCGUGACCGUUACUGCGGCUGCCCGGCGGCGGCAGGCGGCUGCCCAGGCGGCUGCCGUACACGUGCUGCGGGAGGGCAUGCGGCAACUGGGGCCGGACUCGCGGCGGGCGGUGCGGCAGGUGGUGGCGGAGGCGGUGGCGAGCGG